AUGUCGUCAAUCUUGAACCCAGAGCCGGCGAGUGCUCCGGCUCCUGCACCAGCAGCUACCAGCACCCCAAGCCGUGCCGCUGAGCUCAUGUCGUUUUCGAACAUUCUAUCAAGCGCUGAACCUCUACCAAAACCCAACAGACCAGUCAUCAUGGCCGAGAAGAAGGAAAAGCCUGCGCGCAAGAGCAAGGGCCGAGAAUCGCACCUGCGAAAUUCCGAAAACAAGAAAGUCUCACGCCGGUCUUCCAGUGGCCUGAACGAUACCGCUAGUCGAGGGGCCAAACGACAGUCGAACGGCACAGUGAAGCCCAAGCAACUAUCUGCUGAAAAGGAGAAGAAGAUAGAGAAAGUGCUGGAACAAUUGGAGGCCCAAGCCGAUGAUGUUGACCUAUCUGAGCUUGAGAUCGAAAAGGAGCUCUACGACGAUCGCAGCAAGCGGCGCAGAACUGAGCUGAAACGCAUUGAGAAGAGUGACAACAAACUGCGCCGCGAUGAGUUUGCGAACUACACGAGUAAGAAACUUGGCUCUCAGGCUGUAUUCGGCAAGAGACGCUACGAUGACCUACACUACGAAGAGGCCAUGACGGAGGUCCGGGAACGUGAAGUUUACGCCGAGAAGGAGCGAAAGAAGGACAUGCAACGCAAACGCCGCCGUGAAAAGUCUAUGCAGGUCACUAUCGAGCAGAAAGAGGCCGCCCUUGCCCGAGCCUUGGCCGCCGAAGAUGAGAGCGAGCGCCAGAAGCAUCUCCGAGAGGCCGAGCGGGCUAGCAAGAAGGCUCAACAGACCAAACUAAUCCUGCAGAAGGGCAUCAAAGGACCGGCACGCAACAUUGGAUCUUCUGAUAUCAACCUCGAGGGAGGUACUCAAUCGGUAUUCCUUCUGGGUAGUGACGCAGAACCGAGCUCCAAGAGCAAAAGCAAGCGUAACGGAACGCGUCCCAAGAAGUCUAAGGAGCAAAAACAAGCUGAAAAGGACGCGGCCGAGGCCGCCCAAGCCGCCAUUGAUGCCGGCGAGGAACUUCCUCCCGCCCGGGAAGAGCAGAAAAUCCGCAUCAAGCUCAGCAAGAGUUCCUCAAACCUCAAAGAGGCAAAGGACAAGGACAAGGACUCCGAAGAUGCCAAAGAAACCAAGGAGAAAGCUGUCGAUGAUGUCCCUGCCAACCCCUUGGAAACUAAAUUCCAGUCGAAGGGUUACAAUCAGAUUUAUGACCAGAUCUGGCGCGACCUGGCACGCAAGGAUGUUUCUAGGACAUAUAAACUUGCUGUGGACUCUUAUGCAACCAAGGCCUCGAACCUGAAAAAGACUGCCAUCCUUGCUUCGAAAGAAGCCAAGCGCUGGCAGUUGCGUACCAACAAGGGUACCAAGGAUCUUCAGGCGCGCGCAAAGCGUUGUAUGCGAGACAUGAUGAGUUUCUGGAAGCGCAAUGAGCGUGAGGAGCGAGACCUGCGCAAGGCAGCGGAGCGUCAAGAGAUUGAGAAUGCUCGCAAGGAGGAAGCCGAGCGCGAAGCCGCUCGCCAGAAGAGAAAGCUCAACUUCUUGAUCUCUCAAACAGAGCUCUACUCUCACUUCAUUGGCAAGAAAAUCAAGACUGAUGAAGUUGAGCGAAGCACUGACAAUCCUGAAAUCGCCCCAGCUGCGGAUGCUGCUACGACUGAGAAGAAAGAUGUUGCAGAGCCAACAGGCCCCGUUGGUGCCAAGGUCACAAACUUUGACAAUUUGACGUUUGAAGAGGAAGAUGAGGAGAAGUUGCAAGCCGCUGCCGUUGCAAAUGCUCAAAACGCCAUCGCAGAAGCUCAACAAAAGGCUCGUGCUUUCAACAAGAAGGACACUGAUAUGGACGAGGACGGCGAGAUGAACUUCCAGAACCCGACUGGUAUGGGUGACGUGGAAAUCGAACAGCCAAAGAUGCUCAAUUGCCAGCUCAAGGAGUACCAGAUCAAAGGUCUCAACUGGCUUGCCAAUCUUUACGAGCAAGGUAUCAACGGCAUUCUGGCCGACGAGAUGGGUCUCGGCAAAACCGUCCAGUCCAUAUCUGUCAUGGCAUACCUUGCCGAGGUCCACGAUAUCUGGGGUCCAUUCUUGGUUGUUGCACCCGCGUCAACUCUGCACAAUUGGCAGCAAGAAAUUGCCAAAUUUGUUCCUGACUUGAAGUGUCUCCCGUACUGGGGUACUGCAGGUGACCGCAAGAUUCUCCGCAAGUUCUGGGACCGGAAGCACAACACCUAUAGAAAGGAUUCGCCUUUCCAUGUCCUGGUCACCUCGUAUCAAAUGGUCGUCUCUGAUGUUGCAUACUUCCAAAAAAUGCGCUGGCAAUACAUGAUUCUGGACGAGGCUCAAGCCAUCAAGAGUUCUCAAAGUUCGCGUUGGAAGUGUCUUUUGAGCUUCCACUGCCGUAACCGUCUGCUCCUGACUGGUACGCCUAUUCAGAACAACAUGCAAGAACUUUGGGCUCUGCUUCAUUUCAUCAUGCCGUCGCUCUUUGACUCUCACGACGAGUUCAGCGAGUGGUUCUCAAAGGAUAUCGAAUCGCAUGCGCAAAGCAACACAACGCUCAACGAGGACCAGCUUAAGCGGCUGCACAUGAUCCUCAAGCCGUUCAUGUUGCGUCGUGUGAAGAAGCACGUCCAGAAGGAGCUUGGCGACAAGAUCGAGCUUGACGUGUAUUGUGAUCUCACGUACCGUCAACGAGCCUACUACCGCAACCUCCGCAACCAGAUCAGCAUUAUGGAUCUUAUUGAGAAGGCUACGCUAGGUGACGACCAAGACUCUGGAACUCUAAUGAACCUGGUUAUGCAAUUCCGAAAAGUCUGUAACCAUCCAGAUCUGUUCGAGAGAGCGGAUACGACAAGCCCCUUAUUUUCUGGCUAUUUCGCCGAGACGGCUUCAUUCCUCCGCGAGGGCAACAAUGUUCCCGUUGGAUACUCGACGCGCAGUCUCAUUGAUUACAACCUACCACGGCUUGUAGCAACUGAAGGCGGAAGAUUGUACAAGGCUGGCAAGGACAACGAAAAAGCAGGGUUCAGAAAUAAAUAUCUGAACCAUCUCAUGAACAUUUGGACUCCGGAACACAUUCGCGACAGCUCGAGUGGCGCGGAUGCCUUUUCUUUCUUGCGCUUUGCCGACACAAGCGCCGAAGAGGUCUACAAAGCCAGUCAUCAAGAUGUCUACGCUCGCUCAGUAGACAUUGUCAAAAAGGGCAACCGUCUUGGCCACAUGAACGUCAUGUAUGAUGAUCCCGAGGAUCAGAACUACACGCCUGCACAUGCACUCUUUCAGAUCAGAGCUCGAGCGGACAGACAGCCACUUGCCGACAUUACCCAAGAGGGAAUCUUGAGCAAGCUCAUGAACAUUACCAAGUCCGAUAGGCAGUUCUCAGGCUUGAGUCGUCUUGAGCAAGCCGCCCUUCCAGGCGCCACUGCUGCUCCGAUCCAGAUAUCGUGUGAAGGUACUCGUGCACCUCUGGUAGAGCGCGACGAUACACUGUUCAACGUGCCUAUGCGCAAGGCUUUGUACGGACCGAAUCCCCUGGAGGAGAAGGCGCUCGUCACUCAAAACUAUCCUCUAGAGCGGUACCCACCCACAAAGAUGCUCCCACCCCCAGACAACGAGAAGAGACGCUUUACCAAUAUCACCGUGCCCAGCAUGCGUCGCUUCGUGACUGACAGUGGCAAGCUCGCCAAACUUGAUGCAUUGCUCUUCAAGCUCAAGGAAGAAGGUCACCGUGUUCUGCUCUACUUCCAGAUGACUCGCAUGAUCGAUUUGAUGGAGGAGUAUCUGACCUAUCGGAACUACAAAUAUUGUCGACUGGAUGGUUCUACCAAGCUGGAAGAUCGUCGAGACACGGUUACGGAUUUCCAAACGCGGCCCGAAAUCUUCAUCUUCUUGCUAUCCACCCGUGCUGGUGGUCUUGGUAUCAACCUGACGUCUGCUGACACGGUCAUCUUUUACGAUAGUGAUUGGAACCCUACCAUCGACUCGCAAGCCAUGGAUCGAGCCCAUCGUUUGGGACAAACCCGGCAAGUCACGGUCUACCGUCUCAUUACUCGUGGUACUAUCGAAGAACGUAUUCGAAAGCGAGCCAUGCAGAAGGAAGAGGUGCAGCGUGUCGUCAUUUCAGGCGGCGGUGCUCGUGGCGUCGACUUUAGUGGCCGUCGUCCCGCAGAAAACAGAAACAAGGAUAUUGCUCUAUGGCUGGCAGAUGAUGAACAAGCGGAGAUGAUUGAGCGCAGAGAGAAGGAACUGCGUGAAAGCGGAGAGUUGGAGAAGCAGACGAAGAAGCGUGGAGGCGGAAAGAGAAAGAGGGAGGCUGUGAGUCUGGAUGACAUGUAUCAUGAAGGCGAGGGCCAUUUCGAUGAUGGCAACAAGGCUUCAGGCACAGCUACUCCAGCCGAGGCGGAUACACCGGCUGCCCCAGCAGCAAAGAAGCGACGCGGCGGUGGGAAGAAGGCAAAGACUGCAAAGCAGCGACUUGCCAUUGCCGAUGGUGAAAUCGACAUGUAA